AUGAAGAUUGGAAAUCAGCUCAACUUUAUCGUGAUUAACAAGAAGGCUGACUCUUUGUAUACAUUGAUUGCUGAUGGGCAAUACCGCUCAACCUCACUGGGUCGUGACACAUGGAAAGAGUUGAUUGGUUCACAGGCCUCUUUGCAGCUUCAUUGCAACAGGGAAGGUUUUAAUGUUGUUUGUAACCGCAACCAAUAUUCAAAAGCUAGAAUUGGUAUUAUUGGCGACCUCUUCUACCGAGCCCGCCGUUGCUUAUUUUGCACAUCACGGAUUGGAUUUGGUACAGGCGGUUUACCUGAUUACGACAGUUCGUGUGGUAACGAAGCACGGCUGCAAUCAGAUAAUGAAGAGAAACGUAUAAGGGCCAUGGGAUACAUUUUGGUAGAAUAG